AAGCUGUAGUUCCAUCAUGGUUUAGCCGCGGGCAGUGCACAGGCCUCAUGGUGAGCGCCGCUGCGCCUGUAGCCUCAGCCGGCGAUGUGGCGAUUGCAAGCUGUUUCUGGCAAUGGCACAAGACACCCGGGGUGCGCACCGUUCCAGGCGAAAGCGUGUGAUAGAUGAGGAGGAGGCAGGGCCGGCGAUGAAUCCAGAUGAAGAUGAAGAAUAUGAAGAUUACGUGCCGGUGAAGAAGAGAAAGGCGGCCAUGAAAGAAAAGCUCGUGACAGACAGGCAGAAAGAGAGGCGAGAAGAAGCUGAACGCAUCAUGCGAGAGCGAUUAGCAGAGGAAAAGAAGAAGCGCGGCAUCGCAAAUUCUUUGCUGGCCGUUUCUGCGAAGCUGAAAGCAGAGGAAGAAGCUAACAAGGACUCGCGAGAGCAGGCCAUCAAGGAAAGCAUCAGGAACGAAGAGGAUCAGCUACUCGAGCAGGUUCAGCUACAGAUGAGCACUCCGCUCAUGUCUGUUCGUGAGCGGGCCAAGGGUAUCGUCUACAAAGAGAGGAUGCCUGCCAUUGGUGACUGGCGGCCUAUCCAAAAGUAUCGUGACUUGCCGGAGGCGGAGAGGGUAUCCAUCCGUGAGAAAUACUUCAUAGAGGUCAACGGGAAUGACAUCCCUUCACCUAUCAAGAAGUUCGAGGAGAUGCGUUUGCCCCGAGGCAUCCUGGAAGGCCUGAAAGCGAAAGGCAUCAUGCGGCCCACGCAGAUCCAGAUGCAAGGUAUUCCUGCAGGCCUCAUGGGCCGUGACAUCAUUGGAAUCGCCUUCACUGGCAGUGGCAAAACCCUCGUGUUCGGCCUGCCUAUGAUCAUGUGCGCGCUGGAGCAGGAGCUUAGGGCACGAGUGCAGCCCACAGAGGGCCCUUUUGGGCUGAUCAUCGCGCCUUCGCGAGAGCUAGCGCACCAGACGUACGAGGUCAUCGAGUUCUACACGGACCACCUUGCUGAAUACCACAAGGAGUUCCCCAAACUCAGAUCAGUGCUGACGAUUGGUGGCCUCAGCACAGGCACCCAAGCCAUGGCCAUCAAGAAGGGCUGCCACAUGGUUGUGGCAACGCCGGGUAGGCUAAACGACCUGCUGCAGAAGAAGCGCAUGUCUUUGGCACAGUGCCAAGUCCUGGUUCUGGACGAGGCAGACCGCAUGAUCGACCUGGGCUUUGAGGAGGAGAUCCGAAAUACCCUGGACCACUACCGAGGCCAGCGGCAAACUCUCCUCUUUAGCGCAACCAUGCCCAAGAAGAUCCAGGACUUCGCCAAGACUGCGCUGGUGGAUGCGGUGGUGAUUAACGUCGGACGCGCAGGUGCUGCAAACUUGGAUGUGAUCCAGGAGGUCGAGUACGUCAAGCAGGAGGCAAAGCUGGUGUACCUCCUCAAGUGCUUGCAGAAGACACCACCCCCGGUCUUGAUCUUCUGCGAGAACAAGUCUGAUGUUGACGACGUGCAUGAGUAUCUCCUUUUGAAAGCAGUGGAGGUUGUGGCAAUCCACGGAGGCCUGGACCAGGAGGAACGGCACGAGGCAAUCAGAUCCUUUAAGGAGGGCUCCAAGGACGUGCUCAUUGGCACGGACGUGGCCUCCAAGGGCUUGGACUUCCCGGCCAUCCAGCACGUCAUCAACUUCGAUAUGCCAAAAGAGAUCGAGAAUUAUGUGCACCGCAUCGGCCGGACAGGCAGAUGUGGACGAACUGGUGUGGCCACCACCUUCGUCAACAAGAACCAAGACGAAACUAUCCUGCUGGACCUGAAGGCGCUUCUGUUGGAAGCUGGCCAGCACGUGCCUCCGUUUCUCAUGCAGCUGGACUCUUCGGCUGGCGGCCGGGAGGAGGAGGAGAUUGGCGGUGUCAAGGGCUGCGCCUACUGUGGCGGCCUGGGGCAUCGCAUUUCCGACUGCCCCAAGCUGGAGACCACUCGGCAGAAGACCACUUCGGCAACCAAGGACUACCUCACCACCGGUGCGGCACGCUACACAGGUUCCGAAGGUUACGCUGGUGACUGGUAAGCAGAGUGGGCAGCGCUGCCUGCGGGCGCGUUGCGGGCCCCAGCGAUGUCACGCGGCCGGCUCCGCGCAGGUCUCACAACUAAAGUGGUUAGCGAGCAGCUGACCUUGAG